UGGGCCUGGACAGAGGGCUGACGGACACGGAGCCUCAGCCCACAGCACGAUCUGUGCCUCCUGGGAAGAUGCAUUUGCCCCUGAUACUGCUGGCCACAGUGGGCACCUGUCUAGGACUGCUGAUGGCAGCUGCUGCAAGCACUAACCCUGCCCAACUGGACACUCCUAGCAUGCUACCCACCCACCGGCGCCAGAAGAGACAUUGGAUUUGGAACGAGAUGCACAUUGAUGAAGAGAAAAACACCUCACUGCCCCAUCAUGUGGGCAAGAUCAGAUCAAGUGCAAACAACAAGAAAGCCAAGUACCUGAUCAGAGGAGACUCUGCCAACAAGGUCUUCCGGGUCAAUGAGGACACGGGGGACGUGUAUGCCUUUGAGAGGCUAGACAGGGAGAAGAUCUCUGAGUACCACCUCACUGCCCUCAUAGUGGACAGGGACAACGGAAAGGACCUGGAGUCUCCUUCCAGUUUCACCAUCAGUGUUCACGAUGUGAAUGACAACUGGCCUGUGUUCACUCACCAGUUUUUCAAUGCAUCUGUGUCCGAGAUGUCGACUGCAGGGACCUCAGUCAUCCAACUGACAGCAGUGGACGCAGAUGACCCCACGGUGGCAGACCACGCCUCUGUCUUGUACCAAAUCCUGAAAGGAGAUGAACACUUUGGCAUUUAUAAUUCUGGACUCAUUUUCACAAAAACCAACAACUUGGACCGAGAGACACAAGCCAAGUACGAGAUCGUGGUGGAAGCACGAGAUGCCCAGGGCCUCCGGGGGGACUCAGGCACAACCACCGUGCUGGUCACUCUGCAGGACAUCAAUGACAACUUCCCCAUCUUCACCCAGACCCAGUACAUAUUUACGGUGCCUGAAGACAUCCAUGUGGGCAGCCCCCUGGGCUCUCUGUUUGUUGAGGACCCAGAUGAACCCCAGAACCGGAUGACCAAGUACAGCAUCGUGCAGGGAGAGUACAGAGACAGCUUCACCAUCGAGACGGACCCCACCCACAAUGAGGGCAUCAUCAAGCCCAUGAAGCCCCUGGACUAUGAACACAUCCAGCAAUACAGCUUCACCAUCGAGGCCACAGACCCCACCAUCAACCUCCGCUACUCAAGCAGCACCUUCUCCAGAAACAAGGCCCGCGUCACCAUCAAUGUCACAGAUGUGGAUGAGCCCCCUAUCUUCCAGAAGCCCUUCUACCACUUCCAGCUGCAGGAGAACCUGAAGAAACCUCUGAUCGGCUCAGUACUGGCUGUGGACCCCGACGCCGCUCGGAGGACCAUUGGAUACUUCAUCCGCAGAACCAGCGACAAGGGCAAGUUCUUCCAAGUAAAUAAGCAUGGGAAUAUUUACAAUGAGAAAGCACUGGACAGAGAAAUCUACCCCUGGUAUAACCUGACUGUGGAGGCCAAAGAACUAGAUUCUAGAGGAAACCCCACGGGCAAAGAAUCCAUUGUAUGGGUCCACAUCGAAGUUUUGGAUGAGAACGACAACGCCCCAGAGUUUGCUGAGCCCUACAAUCCCAAAGUGUGUGAGAAUGCUGACCAGGGCAUGCUGGUGGUGCAAAUCUCAGCAACAGACAAGGACAUAACACCAAGAAACGUGAAGUUCAAAUUCUCCCUGAGCAAUGAGGACAGCAACUUCACCCUCACAGAUAAUCAUGAUAACACAGCCAACAUCAGAGUCAAGUACGGGCAGUUUGACCGUGAGCGUACCAAGGUCCACCACCUGCCUGUGCUCAUCUCGGACAACGGGAGGCCGAGCCUCACAGGCACUAGCACGCUGGCCGUGAUGGUGUGCAAGUGCAACGAGCGUGGCGAAUUCACCUUCUGUGAGGAGGUAGCCCCCCAGGUGGGCGUCAGCAUUCAGGCGCUGGUAGCCAUCUUUCUCUGCAUUCUCACCAUCACAGUGAUCACCCUCCUCAUCUUCCUGCGGCGGCGGCUCCGAAAGCAAGCGCGUGCCCAUGGCAAAAGCGUGACGGAGAUCCACGAGCAGCUGGUCACCUAUGAUGAGGAGGGCGGCGGCGAGAUGGACACCACCAGCUACGACGUUUCGGUGCUCAACUCUGUGCGCCAUGGCGGGGCCAAACCUCCGCGGCUGGGGCGGGACGUACUGCCAUCGCCAUCUGUGUAUAAGCAGGUGCAGAAGCCACCGAGGCACAUGCCCCCCACCAAGCACAGGGAGCUCGGGGGAGACAUGGCCACUGUGAUUGAGGUGAAAAAGGACGAGGCAGACCACGACAGCAGCAGCCUGCCCUUCGACACACUGCACUUGUUCGACUACGAGGGCUCCGAGUCCAUCGCAGAGUCCCUCAGCUCCCUGGGCACCAACUCGUCUGAUUCAGACGUCGAUUACGACUUCCUCAACGACUGGGGGCCCAGGUUCAAGAUGCUGGCUGAGCUGUACAGCAUGGACUCCCGGGAGGAGCUGCUGUAUUAGGGGCCGGGUGCCUGUGGGCCUGGGGACCCAAACCCUUGCAGCUCCAGCCAGCUGGGCACCAGGCCCUGAGCCCUGGAAUUACAGCACUGACACCCCAGCCCAGCAGCCCUUCCUUGUGCGUCCCAGAGACCUCACCACCUUGGGCAGCAAACUCCAGAUCCCUGAAAUGUCUGGGAACAUAUUUCAAUGAUGGCUACCCCAACAAUGCUGGAAAAUCCGAGCUAGUGGUCUGUCUGGGCUUGGAUGUCCACAUAACCCUGUCACCAGGGACCACAGGUCCAACUCAAAGAAUUUUUCUCUGGCUCCUCAAAAAGCUUAUGUUUAACUACCAGAAAGAAGUCUUCCCCUGAGGUCCUUAAAUCCCCUGGUGAGGCUGGUAAGGCCCUGGUGUCUGUCUGCCUGGAGGCAAAAGGCAGGACAAUAUAACCUGUGGGUGACACUCCCUACAGCCCAGUCCAAAGGGAGACUGGGACCAUCCAUCACACCUGCCCUGCUUCAACUUCCUCACACCUUCCCAAGUGCCCUAUCACUCCUAGGCCCCCCUCCAGACCUGUCAAGAUGGAGGGAGGGGCCCCUGGCAGCUACCAACCUUGGGUCCUCAAGUGACCUCACCUGCCUGCCACACCAUACUCCGUACUGUACUGUACUGUACUGAGCCCUGAAAAUUCAACCUGAGUCAGGGAAAUGGCUUACUGAACUUUGAAGCAACUGUGAAUGCAUCCUGGAGGGACACUGAAGACCCCAUGUGAGAGACCAUAGGUGAGGGCCCCCUCCACACCCAUACCCUCUGGAGAGGGCCUAGAGUCAAGGUGACCCCAAUUUGAGACUCAUAGACACUCCUCUAGUUUUUCCUAGGAACUGGGACCAGAUGUUCCCAGAGCAGAACACCUCUUCCCAUCUCUGCCUUGCCUGGCUGUUCAUUCAUGCUCUCUCUUUUCUUUCUCUCUCUCUCUCCUCAUCUCUUGACUCAGAGGCACUCAAGAUAUGACCCACAGCAACCAGCAACUCUGGCCAAUGUCCAAACCCAAAUACAACUGCACGAUGGAACCAAGCAAUUUGCCUUUACACCUCAUUGUUGCCACAUCUCAGGGAACCCCAGCAGGGCUCCAUCCUUCAGCACUCUGCAGAAUACAAGGCCCCUGCCCUACCCAAGCCCUGUGGUCCUCUGUGUAUCUCCCACUUUCAGCCAUAUAUGGAACAUUCCACUGCAAACACACCUGGGAGAAAUAGCAUCUCUCAAAGGGAGGAGCAGGGAUAGAGGCAAACCCUCCAACUCAUCCUUGGUCAUGACUAAGGUUCCCACUCUAGGCAAAGCCCCUAACACAUCAGGGGAUUGUAGAUAACACUGACUUUAUUUUUAACCAAUAACUAGUUUUUUAUACUUUUUUUUUUACUAAUAAUACUUACAUAUUUCUAGGUCCCACAAAGAUAUAAAAUAAGAUUCUUUUGCAUAAUAAGGUUGAUAUUUAGGUUAACAAUGUUAAUUCAGAUGUUUUAGUUGAAUAAACAAACUCCUGUAACCUUCUAUUUCCUAUUAUUGUCAUAAUUGCUCAAGAGAUAUUGACUAUAUAUUGACCACACUGGUGCA